UCACUCUGGACAGACAGCAAAGUCACCACUGACUCCUCUUCAGCCAACUGUUAUGUCAUGGAUUUUAGGAGAGGUGGGGUGGGGGGAGAGAGAGAGGGAGAGAGAGAGAGAGAGACUUUUGCACAGCUUGUCCAUCUUGUUAUUCCUGUGCCAGCUCCAGCAUGCAUGUCUGCCUCUCUGUUAUUUUGCGGCUUCGUGUCUGAAUGCACGUCGCACUCUGAUUUCCAGCAUCUGCUUCUCAUCUAGCAGCUCAUUUAUCACCACACCAAGAGGACACAGCACCCAGCCGUCAUUCUGGAGGGAAAGGCCCCAGUCGAGACCACCAGGGGGGAUGGAGGAGGCGGGGAGGCCAGUUCCCUCAGCCCCAGCCCUGCUGCUCUGCCCCUGAGCCAGGCAGAGAGCGCCGGGCCCUGGCAGAGCGAGAGCCUGCUGGCAGAGUCCUGGUCCACAAUGGGUGAUGUGGAUCCCGAAGACACCAAGAGCCUCGACAGCAGCGACGGGGCGGUCCUGGCUGGGGAGGAGAACCACUCCUCCAACUCUGACAUGGUCCACCUGGAGCGGGAGGAGGUUGAGAUGCUGGAGGAGGCAGAGAAGGAGGCAAGGAGAACGGAGGAAGAGGAUGAAGAGGAUGAGGAGUUGCAGACAAGCGUGCUGAGUGUUUUAGGCAGUGAGAGGGAGCUGGUGGAGCUCAGGGAGGAGGAGCAGGACCUCCAGGCCCCAGAAACUGAGGAGCUCCUGGUGUCAGCAGAGGAGCCCUAUGUGGAGAAGGAGCCUACAGAGUUCAGGCAAGUAGUUCCCCCAAUGGCCCUGCCUCCUCUGCCUAUCGUCAGGCUUGAUCCCCCCUCCACCACGUCCACCCCAGUCCCCUCAACCACAACCUCUGAAGCUGAGGAGCUUUAUUCAAUUCAGGGGCUCCACCCUCCAUCUAUUCUCACACCGAUGGCUGCGGAGCCCAAAGCAGAGAGUCUCGAGCAGCUUAAAUUCUCACAGAUCCCUCUCUCAGAUGCGGAGGAACAUUCAGUUAAAGCAGCACCAGAAAAGCCUGAGCCACAGCCUGCUGCUACCAAGACUACAAAACCUCUGAGCUCCACAGAGCUGCUGUGUGGAGGUGCUGCUUUAGUUGCUGUUGUUGGAGUGGUGGCGUACGGUGCUGUGGCCUACUGCAGAAAGUAGAAAACCUUUCCAACCCUUUCAACACAGGUCUUUUCUGUUUUUUUAAAAAUCUAUUCCAAACAAUUUAUUCCACUUCACUCUCUGAAUUCUGGAUUUUACUCUCUGACACUCUUUGUACGGUAGUCACUAUUAGACACAUUAAUUUGAUUUUUUCUGAUUCGUCUUGUGCUACCUCAGCUCCAAGCAGAGCUCAUGGCCUUUGUUUUUUCUGUAUUCAAUAGAUCUCUGAGGAAACCUAGCCACUGUAAAUGUAAAUCAAGAAUGUAAAAUCAUGUAAGGUACAAUUUUAAAGAAUCCUGAAACUUGA